AUGGUAAUCGUACCUGUACAGGUCAAGCUAUCGGAUUUGAUUGAUCCACCAACCACCGGUGCAACCUGUGGUAUCUCCAGAUGUCAAGUCGGAUUCAAAUGUGUCUUGGUAAACAGCAUUCCAACCUGUGUUGGUGAGUCUCCAGCAUCCUGUGGAAACCAAGUAUGCGAUCCAGUCCGUGAGAUAUGUGCCAACUUUAAUGGUAAACAUAUUUGUAUCCCACGUACCAUCAUUACCUCUGGACACAUCACUUCUGGACCAAUAACUUUAGGACCAAUCACCUCUGGACCAAUAACUGGUUCUGGAACUCUAGGUGGUAUCAGCGUUACUCAAUAUGGAAACCAAAAAUGUCUCUUUGGAUACCAAUGUCUCUCUCAAUGGAGUUCCAACUUGUGUGCCACCAUCUCAAGCAACCGAUCCUCUUUGUGGAGGUAG